AUGGUCCCAGGUGGAGGUGGUCCUUUUAGCAGGAAGAGGAAGCAGUGCCAAUGCACAAGCCAAGAGCUGCUUGUGGACUACUAUGUGAAGAUACAAGACAUCAAUUUAACUUCUGAGGACAAAAAGUUUCAUGAGACCCUUGAACAGCAGCUGCUUGUGACUCAACUAACACAGCUCCUAGGUCCUAGCCAGGAGAGGGUGAUGCCUCCACUGCUAGGACUGGAGAAGGCAUAUCUUCUGGAGCUCAUGCCACCCUCAGAGGAUUUUGUGUGGAUGAGACCUCGGCUCCCACUGGAAGUGGAGGAGCAACUCAAGAAGAAAUGUUUCACUCUGCUUUGCUACCAUGAUCCUAAUUCCAAUUCAGAACAUGAAACCCUGAAGGAAGCAAAGGCAUGGAAACUGGCAGAGAUCCUGGUGAGUGAGAAGCAGCAGUGCCAGGAUGCCAAGAGCCAGCAGAAGGAGCAGGUGGUGUUGCUGGAGAAGAGUUCCACCUACUCCCAGGUGCUUCUCCGCUGCUUCGCCUUACUGCACAGAUUGCUUCAGGAGCACCAGCUGAAGACUCAGUCUGAGCUAGACCACAUCAAUGCCCGGUACCUGGAGAUCAAGUGUGGUGCCAUGAUCCUUAAGCUGAGGAUGGAAGAGCUAAAGAUUUUGUCUGACACUUACACUGCUGAGAAAGUAGAAGUUCAUCAUCUCAUUAGGGAUCGUUUUAAAGGAGCCAUUCAGCUACAAGAACAGGACAUGGAGAAGUCCCAACAGGUCCUAAACACCUAUGAGGUCCUUGGGGAAGAGUUUGACAAGCUGGUAAAAGAGUACACCCAACUCAAGCAGACAACUGAGAACAGGCGUUGGGCACUCCAGGAGUUCAGCAAAGCCUACCGCUGAAUGUUGGCAGGCCA